UUCUGAAUAAAUGGCACAAAUCGCUACAUUUAUGCAUUGUCAAUAAUUAUAUAUAUUUUUAAAGACUUUUAAGUUUGCGUUGUCUGGACCGUUGAAAUUUACAGGCAUGUGAUUGGUCAGUUUUCUCUAUGGCUCUGGUUAAUGGUUUAUGGUCGCGUGGGGCAACGAGGAUUAUAUCUGGUACAAACAAGAGAAAGUGAAAGGGCAGGAGACGACAUAUGGUCAUUCGCGGUUUGUAUUUCUGCUCUGACCUCAACAGUAACUGCAUAUGAUGGCAAAUGAUAUGGAUGAUGCUCAGGUUGAACUCGACUCUGUUGAGGCUGAUUUGGAGAUGGUGGAAUUGCAGAUCUCCGAGCUGUUGGAGAAACAGGCCAAGCUGAACUCCAGGAAAAACAAGCUCCUGAAGAUCCUGGAGGGAGCGUGCAGCUCAGCCCAGCCCUCUGGAUCCAGCAAAUCUCCCAAGCCUACUUUUAGCAAGCAGGACCUACAGCACUAUGAAGAGUCAGAUUUCUCAUGGUCUAAAGAGGUUCAGCAGAAGCUGAUGAGUGCCUUUAAACUCUCCAAAUUUCGGCCUUUGCAACGGGCAGCUAUUAAUCUCAGCAUGUCAGAAAAAGACUUGUUUCUGGUCAUGCCCACUGGAAGAGGAAAAAGUCUUUGUUACCAGCUGCCAGCCCUCUGCUCAAAGGGUUUUACAUUAGUUAUAGCUCCGCUGGUGUCUCUGAUGGAGGAUCAACUGAUGUAUCUGAAGUCCAUUGAUGUCGAUGCAGUAACUCUUAAUUCCUCCAGUUCAAAGGAGGACUCCAAGAGGAUCUUGGCAGGCAUGAUGGAUAAAAACAGCCCCUUUAAGUUGCUAUACGUUACACCGGAGAAAAUUGCCAAAAGCAAGCUGCUGAUGUCCAAACUGGAGAAGGCCUACAACAUGGGUCUCCUGGCACGCAUAGCUGUAGAUGAAGUUCACUGUUGCAGUCAGUGGGGCCAUGACUUCAGACCAGAUUAUAAACUCCUGGGGAUUCUGAAGCGGCAGUUUCCCAAAGUGCCAUUGAUUGGACUCACUGCCACCGCAACCAGCAGUGUCCUUAAAGAUUGCCAGAAGAUUUUGUGUGUUCAAAAUCCAAUCACUCUGACCGCACCAUUCAACCGAGCAAACCUUUAUUAUGAGGUUCGUUUUAAAGAUAAUGAAGAUUGCAUCGAUGACAUAGCCGCAUUGGUCAAGGGAAGAUACAAAAACCAGUCAGGAAUUGUAUAUGUAUUCUCGCAGAAGGAUGCCGAAACUGUGGCUUCAAACUUGCAGAAGCGUGGUAUUCUUGCCCAGCCAUACCAUGCCAACAUGCAGCCUGCAGACAAAUCUCUAGUUCAUCAACAAUGGGCCUCCAAGAAGAUCCAGGUGGUUGUUGCCACCGUGGCAUUCGGCAUGGGCAUCGACAAAGCUGAUGUACGGUUUGUUAUCCAUCACACCAUCAGCAAGUCCAUCGAAAAUUACUAUCAAGAGAGUGGACGUGCAGGAAGGGAUGAUAGCCCAGCAGACUGCAUUGUGUUCUUUGGGUUCAUGGACAUUUUUAGAAUAAGCUCAAUGGUUGUGAUGGAGAACACCGGGCAGCAAAAGCUACAGAAUAUGGUGGCGUAUUGUCAAAAUGUGGACAGGUGCCGACGUGCUUUGAUGGCCGUUCAUUUCGACGAAGUUUGGGACGAUGAUGAGUGCAACCAAAUGUGUGAUGUCUGUCGGCACGGCAACGAUUAUGUCACAAUGGACAUCACCGAGCAUGCACAAGAUGUGGUCAAAAUAGUAGAGAUGGCCACCGGUAUGGAUGAAAAGUUAACCCCUCUGAAAGUCUGCGAGACUUGGAUGGGGAGGGGGGCUGCUAAGCACCGCAAAACGAUAAAGAGCACGUCCCUGUCACGCUUUGAGGUGGAAUCCAUCAUCAUCCACCUUUUGUUGCACGGCUACUUCAGUGAGGACUUUAGCUUCACACCCUACACAACCCACUUUUACCUGAAGCUGGGGCGUAAAGCAGCUCUCCUAAAGAACAGCACUCACUCCAUCACUAUGAAAAUGAGGAGGAAAAUGCCACCAGUCAGCACAGAUGUUCAGUCAGGUGAGAUGCAAGAAGCUGAAACAGUCGCGAUUGAUGUUGCCAGCAUUGCCGUUCAGAGACCAAACAAAAGUAAAAUCUAUAAAAACCACCAUAACAUGGAAAAAAGAGUUGAGCAAAGCCAGGAAGAUAAUGCUGCUUCUGAUGCAAGCGAGUAUGCAAAACACACCUCAGUGUUUGAGGUCAAGGUCAAUGUAAUAGAGCAGAACCAUACGACCGGUGGUAUUAAAAACGCCCCAAAACAAAACUCAACAUCACCAAAAAGAAGACAACCACCAACUGAGAACUCGGACUGCAUUGGUGACAAACCAAAAUCUGAUCUUGUGAGCACUCCUUCAGAGAUUUCCAUCAUCUCUGCAGCUGCUGUGGAGGAGUUACACCAUCUGCGCAAUUACUAUAGCAAACAGUUAAGAAGAAUAAACUAUAUUUCCCAUGAGCACUUGCAAAGCUCCCAGCCUGGGAUGCUGACGUGUAUGAGAGAGCCAUUUAAAAGCCUUCGCUUCCCAUCAAGGACAACCAUAGCCAGAGGUGCCAGAAAUUUAUGGACCCGUGUUAGUAUGAGAAGAAAGCUCAUACAGUGAUUGAUUUUCUUUUUUUAAAUGUUGUGUAAGACUAACUUACUUUUUUCAAUGAUUUGAAGAUUGUUUGAAGAUGAUAAUUAAAUUUAUUUGGGUUAUUGUUA